AUGUCGCGUUUAUACUCGACUUUGUUGCUCCUCAUGCUCGUGAUCCUCACCGCAUCCUCAUCUUCGAGCCGUGCUCUAGAAGACAAACAAGAAGACCUCUCAACCUACGAAAAUGUGGAAAUUUUCGAAACCGAAGAGAAACUAUUGACUGUUCAACCUUACCCCUAUAAGGCUCCACCUCCUAAAGGCCAUCAUCAUCUUCACGGUCAUGCUAAACUUAAAGCUCAUAUAGCUCCACACCACCAUCACCACCCAGGCCACGGCCAUGGCCAUGAACGCCAUGGUGCUCAUGCACCGUGCCAUCAUCAUUAUGCUCAUGCUCCAAGAGGCUAUUGA